GAGGCCGGUCCAGGUCUGGCCGCUGCUGCUGCUUGCCGGAGGUCUCCAGGCCGGGCUGCGGCUCCGUCCUCGGCUCCUCGGCACCAUCUGCGAGGCUCCGCUGGGAAAGCGUGUGAGAGCUGGGACAGCGGCCGCAGCAUCAUGUCAGCCAAGGACGAGCGGGCCAGAGAGAUCCUGAGGGGCUUCAAACUAAAUUGGAUGAACCUUCGGGAUGCUGAAACAGGGAAGAUACUCUGGCAGGGGACAGAAGACCUGUCCGUCCCUGGAGUGGAGCAUGAAGCCCGGGUUCCUAAGAAAAUCCUCAAGUGCAAAGCCGUCUCUCGAGAGUUGAACUUUUCUUCAGCCGAACAAAUGGAAAAGUUCCGCCUGGAACAAAAAGUAUACUUCAAAGGGCAAUGCCUAGAAGAAUGGUUCUUCGAGUUUGGCUUUGUAAUCCCUAACUCCACAAAUACCUGGCAGUCCUUGAUAGAGGCAGCACCCGAGUCCCAGAUGAUGCCAGCCAGCGUCUUAACUGGGAAUGUUAUCAUAGAAACCAAGUUUUUUGAUGAUGAUCUUCUCGUGAGCACGUCCAGAGUGAGACUUUUCUACGUUUGAGAGAAGAAUGUGUGUGCAUCUCAAGA